AGUGCCACAGUUCACGCGUGUAUUCAGAGCAGGAGUGUCAAUGCUCUUUGAGCUUUGGCAGUCGAAGCACCUUCACUUCACUGCACUCAAGGCAAUAACCGAACAUUUAAAAUCCCAACCAAAUGGACUACACCUACAGGAUCAGUGCUUAUCCGUCUUUCUUCUGGAUAAAUGAUCUUUUUUCUGUGAAAAAGUGAAGACACUUUUUCAUGACUCUCCACACUACUGUCUCACAAGGACUAAUUUCAACCAACAAAGUGUUUCUUCAACAGGUUCUUUUCUUCAAGACAUCUACAAGAUCUACAAAAUAUCCACUGCAUGAGCUUUUUUUUUAUUCUUUCACCUCCACAGGAGCAGAUGUAUACUUCAGGAUGAAUGAUGGUGAAGUAAAAAGGAAUCAUAUGUUGUGUUCUUGGAGACCCUUUGGUAGCUUAAGAAUGUACGAUCGCUCAAGCAUAUAUGUUUCAGAUCAAGAUCUGGUCUAAAGGAUCUCAGUUCAACCAUAUGUGUUCUAGCGUACAUACGGUAUUUGGGGUGCUGUUUUACUCAUCACUGGGGCUUGUUCAUUUUGUAAAUUCAAAACUGAGAGUUCGCUUUUAGUCUGUAUGUUCCCUUUAACUACAAGUAUGAACGGCACCAAUUCUUCCACCACUGACAGAGAGCCAGAUUAUAUAUUACUGAUUCCCGUGGUGCUCAUCAUUAUCAUCAUCAUCGUGGGCAACCUGCUGGUCAUCAUUGCAAUAGCACGGACAGCCACACUUCAGACUGUAACCAACAUCUUCAUCAUGUCAUUGGCAUGUGCAGAUCUGAUCAUGGGGGUUAUGGUGGUGCCACUUGGUGCCACCAUUGUCGUAACAGGUGACUGGCUACUCAAUGACACAUGGUGCACUUUAUGGACGACGGUAGACAUCCUGUGUGUGACUGCCAGCAUUGAGACACUUUGUGCCAUCUCAGUGGACCGAUACAUUGCGAUCACAAGACCCCUACACCACAAAGGGCUGCUUAGCAAAUGGCGGGUUCGACUGAUUGUAUGCGUAGUGUGGGUUGUGUCUGCUCUCACAUCAUCCCCAAUCAUUAUGACCGAAGGUUGGAAAGCUACAGAUGAUAAAGCUACUGAAUGCUAUUUAGAUGAAAAAUGCUGUGAUUUCAUAGCCAACGAAGGUUUUACAAUUGCAUCAUCAGUUAUUUCAUUCUACAUUCCUCUAAUCAUCAUGAUCUUUGUCUACACCAAUGUGUUUGUCAUUGCUACAAGGCAGGUGCAGCUAAUAGGGAAGAACCAACAGCGUUUCAAGAAUGAAAAUGUAGCCAUCAAUGGCAACAACAAUCUGCCAUCAACCACCAGCAUUGGCAGUGCUUCGUCAGGUAAACGGAAAUCCCACCGACGAAGGCCAUCCAGAUUAAGUGUUGUGAAAGAGCACAAGGCAUUGAAGACUCUGGGAAUCAUCAUGGGAUGCUUUACUCUCUGUUGGUUGCCCUUCUUUCUAGCCAACAUCAUCGAGACCUGUAUUCGUGGCCAGAUACCACCACAUGUCUUACGAUUAUUAAACUGGCUUGGCUACAUCAAUUCAGGCCUCAACCCCAUAAUCUACUGCAGAAGCAAAGAAUUUCGUACAGCCUUCAAGAGCCUUCUAGGAUGUCCCUGGCUGCAAAUGCCAAGCAUGGACUACCUUUUUAAGGAGAUUAGGACUCGAUGUCCAUGUUUUCUCGGCUUGACACAAGCAGGCAUGAACGGAGCUUUUCAGAAAUCUGUUAGCUCACGAGGGACAAGGCCAGAUCCUGUUCCACAAGACGAUGGGGAUGAAAGUCUAGGAAGCAGUCAGAGCAGUUACAAGAGUGAACAGCCAUCUCCGGGAGCUGCACGCUCCAACGGCAGCAUGCACUUCAGCGAUUUCUCUGAAACGGAAACCGAAUUUUCCACCUUACAGGGGCUGGGAGAAUAAAAAUCCACAGCUUGGCUGAAAGACAGAGCGAGACAAUGAGAGCGAGACAGAGAGAGAGGACUAAUUUCAGCCGAGAUUGGAUAAACUUUCUGGCCAGCAGACCAAGGACUGCAAAAAGCCACAGGAGCAACCUCACAAAUGACUGUGAUGAAAUACAUAAACAAGAUAAACCAAAUGGGAACGGUUGAUCGGACGGUGGCACGCACAGAGACGGCUCUCGCACAAGAGCGGAUGGACAGCGGAGAGCAAGUCCAGGCUGCUAUUACUUUUGGCCUUUAGGAAAAAUAACUGGAUCAAACCAGUUAAGCUGGGUCGGUGUGAUGGACAACAGUCUGUAAGGGGCUAGUGGAAGCCAAGUUGGAGCUGGGUGAUGUGGAGGAGUCUCAAAGCAAUCCAAAGUUCGUCGAUUUUCUCACAGGCUGACUCCGUCCCAGCAAGUUUAUAUCUUUCACAAGCAAGGACUUGGAAAAAACACUUCUGGCGCACAAAUAUCUACAACAGACCUGUUUUUUUUUUGUUUGUUUGUUUUCUUUUUAGCACAACAGAUGUAGUCUGUCAUUUAGAAUACAAGAAAGUAGUGGAUGAAACCAAACUUUGUACUUUAUGUUAAAUUAUUUCCUAUUUAUUUCAAUCCCCAAUUUUACCUGUGAAAUGUGCAAAGAGUGUAUCAGAACGAUAGAGGUAUUCAUGUCGUACAGGUUCAUGUCUGUUCGCUGAAAUGUAUAGCUAAUAAUAUGGUAGCUAAUGUUUUCUGUUUUUCUUCAGUUUGUUUUUAAAAAAAAAAAAGUCUAUAAGCUGCAAACACCAUGUGCACAAAACUCACCCCACAAAAAUCCCAACAAGUAAAACAGGACAAUCUCCUUAUUUUUCUCUUCCUUUAAUUCACCGUUAGAGCUGCUAACGUUUCUUUUUAAUUCGUUCAGAGACAACAGGUUGAUAUGUAUCAGUCGUCUGAUCCCCAAGGCAUGACACAUGAUGAUAUUCUGUAUGAUACUUUUUUGAUUAAAUAGCUUUUUAUACUAACAAAACUCCCAAUAUAGAAUUUAUUCUCGCAUUAAAAGAAAAAAAAACAACGUAGGAACAACUGACGACACUUUUUCAUAUGUAACACAGUGGUGUUUCAUUAUCAGGUGCAAUUGCUAAGGAUUUCAAUUUCCAUGAGGAAAGUAACUGAAAAGGAAAAUUAAUAAUAAUAAUAAUAAUAAUAAUAAUAAUAAAUGCAACGACGGACAUGCUUUCUGUGGAUCUCAGGAUAUUUGUUGUGCCCUCUGAUACAGUUCUUUUUUUUCAGAGGAAUCAAUUGGUAGCAUCCAUACUGCUUUUUGAGCUGUGUACAUAAUUCCUUGUUCAAUGUGAUUUUCUUGUAACAUUAACAGAGCAGAUAAAUAACAGGAUGUAAAAAAAUAUAUAUAGAUAGAUAGAUAUAUCCCGGGCUGCACAAUUAUGUAAAAAAGAAAAAGAGAGACUUUUAUUAUUUCAAUGUUGUCAUUGCAAUCUUUAUAAAUUUGUUAUUGUGGUUUAAAGUGAUUUAAUAAAGCCUAAUCCUGGAGUUACAGUACGAGCCUUUCUGAGCAGAGAUUUGAAGAUUAAUCUUAAGAUUUAAUGAAAGCAAAUCCCUUAAUACUAAAACACAUACAUCGUAACACCAGUGACAGACAUGUUCUUUGAAGAGCAGCACUAAUUUGAAAUUAAAAAAAAGCCUUAUUUCAGUGUAAGUGUACCACUGUAUACACACAACAUACAACACUGUGAUUGUAUGAUUAAUUAUUCAGCCCUAUAAAAAAAAUUGGAAAUAAAUACAUUAAAAUA